AAGUAUUUUUAUUCUAAUUCCACCGCAUGGGCCAGUGGAAAUUCUCAAACACCCACACGCCCCCUCAACACUCCUUUUUGCGCUGGGCAUAUCUGUUUAUUUUACGAACGCCUUUUUUUUCUGCCAAUAUUACAUGUAUUUGAAAAGAGAAAAUGCGGUGUCUCUUCGCACAUUAAAUAAUGUUUUGAAAAUGUUUACUCGCGUCUGUUGGAAUUGUCUAUAGAACAUACAUGAGAACGCAUAAAUAAAAAGCAUGAUAGAGUGUAUUAAAUUUAGUUGGUUCUAUACUGUUGGCGGGAAAAGUUGCGAGAACAUAUUACGCUCUUCUUGCUCUCUACUUUGCAUCAGUCUUCCCAAGUUUUUCGCCACCAAAUUGACCUCUCGAUGGAGUUAAUGUGAGAAAAAUGUGCGUUUAGGUGCUUAGUGUUGUUCUGAAGCUCAAAAAGUGCGGAAAAGUGCUCUCUUCAAAACACAAAAGACCAUCAACCAUGACGUCAGCGCUAAAAUACGGCGAAGGAACAAUGUAUGAGAUCAUUAACAAUCGGUCACUGAUGCUGAAAGACGAUCAGCCCAAGAAAUCAAAAGACAUGCAGAGAGCAAAUUAUAAAAUCAUCGGACUAUUGGUACUAAUUGUGAUCCUAUCCUUCACCGUGGCCUUCACCUUCAAUGUCUUCACGAGAAGAUUCCAGGGAGAUCAGUGUCCGUUGCACACGAAAUUCCGCUUAAAUGUCGUCUCAUCUCAGGAUGGGAAUUCUUCAGGGUUCCGUCUUCAGCCCUACUCAAUGUACUUUGGCCAGCACACGUAUUGCGACUACGUGGCAUUUCCGCCAAUCGUAAUUGGCAUGUUCAGCAUCAUCUGGGCCACAUUCUUCCUCAUCUGUGGCUACGGAUCGAAGGGAAGCGGAACACUUCUCCCCAAGCCGUGGAGAAUCUUGACGCCGUCCAUCAUCUUCGUGAUCUUCAUGACUAUCGCCUCAGCCAUUCACUCUGUCUACCUCACCCUUGAAAUGGGAGAAUUGUGCGAACAGCUCCAGGCUGCUACCCUGAAAUUCAUCAUCGGGGAAUCCUGCAAGAAUGCACUGGAUGCCACUGAUGGUGAUCUGUAUGGUAUUCCUUCAUUCACCCUCUAUCAGAUCAUCACGAUCUCUUCCUACGCGGCUCUAUGCAUCUGGAUAAUCCUGAUCAUUUAUCUCGGCAUGAGAUGCAUCUCUGGUAAGGAUUUCCAGCACGUCCAAAUCAAUAUGCAUCCCGUGGUGGAUUUAAGUAGUCUUCAGCACAGUCCAGACGAAAAAUGUGAUCUUUGCGAAACAAAGGCCGAGGAAUGACGAUUUUAAGGUUGAUCUUCUGCAGACUUCCCAGAAUAUUUAUAUAACUUUUACUUUAAAUUAAAUAGUGUCUAAAAAUAGGUAAGCAACAGUACAAAUUCAAGAUCGGCAUCUCUCAAAAAAGUAGGUUUAAAGAAAGUGAUUAUGUAGUGCGAUAUGGGUCAGAUCAGGUGUCUCGGUGAAAUCAAGAGAUUCCAGUCAAGUCAAUUCAAAAGACUAAUGGCCUCUACACACUAGAGAAAUUUAUGUCCAUAUUGAAGAGUUUUUCCUACACAAGCGUAUGGAAACUGCUUAAAUAUGGACAUAAAUUUCUCAAGUGUAUUGAGGCCAUAAGUAACUGGACUGAAAGUGUUGUAUUUUUUUCAAUAUUUAAAGGUUUUUAAAGAGCUAAGAAGAGGUGGCUAAAUACUUUAGGUUAAAAUACUUCUAAGAAAUAUAUGUGAUCAGUACAUAAAACAAAAUCAAAUUUAAUCACUAAUGAAAUCGAUGUUUCGUCCUUACUGAAAAAAAACAUCAAGUGAAUCUGUUAACAAUAAAAAUGAAAUUUAGUAAUAAUGGAUCCAUAAAACUUCUUAGACUCUAGCUAGGAAAAUGUCAAAAAAUCAUAAUUCAUCCAUUUCUUUUUCAAACAUUUCGGGUAUGUUUAUUUCACUUAUUCUUGCAAAUAAAAAAUUCCUAUCUAAAAGGCGUGCUGGGGGUCAGCUUUUAGAUCAGGAGAAUCUGAAAAAUCAGACAAAAUAAUUUUUUUCUGAUUUUUCACAAACAUAAUUCACCCCCAAGAGGGCAGUAAAGAAAGGGCAGAGAGGAGCCAUUGCUUCCCAACCAAGAAGUAUUCAAAAAAUAAAAAAAAAAUCUAUCGGGACACUUCCGGUAAUCGCUAGUGGAAAUUUAUUUCACCUCAAGAAGAAAAACAAAUUUUCUGUCUUGCUCAGAGCUUUCGGUCCGAAUGUGGACC